AUAAUUGAAUUUUUGAUUCUAAAUUUUGAAGUUACCAUAAGUGAAGUUAUAAUGAUUUUACAAAGGUGGAAAAUAUAUAAAUAUUAUAAGUAUUAUCAGAAAAUAUUAUUUAAUAGAACAUUUUCUGUAGCUACACAAACUGAGACAAAUAAUGAAAUAACACUAUUAGGCCAUAAAUAUUUAACAGAUAAUUGGACAAAUAUUAAUGAAAAUAUAGUAUCCAAAUUAGGAAGAAAUUUACAUAUUUCUCCAUAUCAUCCUUUAUCUCAUAUUCGUCAACGUAUUAUUAAUUACUUUUAUAUACACUUUCAUAAUCGAAUUGGAAAUCCUAUAUUCAGUGUAUAUGAUAAUAUAUCUCCUGUAGUUACAGUAACUCAAAAUUUUGAUUCUCUUCUUGUAUCAAAAGAUCAUCCAUCUAGAAAACAAUCUGAAUGCUAUUAUAUAAAUCAGGAUACUUUGUUACGAGCUCAUACAACAGCUCAUCAAACAGAAUUUAUUUCAAUGGGUUUGAAUAAUUUUCUUAUAAUAGGAGAUGUUUAUCGAAAAGAUGAAAUAGAUUCUACACAUUAUCCUGUUUUUCAUCAAGCAGAUGCUGUUAGAUUAUGUACAGCAGAAGAAGUAUUUCAUAAUGUAAAUGAUUCUGAAGAAUUAAAAUUAUUUGAACAUAGAGGUAUAGAAACUAAUGAAAAGCAAGCUUGUCAUACUUUGGAAUCUAUUAAAAUAAUGGAAUAUGAGUUAAAAAACACUUUAACAGGUUUAGCAAAAUCACUUUUUGGAUCAGAAAUUCAAUGUAAAUGGAUUGAAGAAUAUUUUCCUUUUACUCAUCCUUCAUGGGAAUUAGAAGUUUAUUAUAAAGAUCAAUGGCUUGAAAUAUUAGGAUGUGGUAUUAUGCGUCAGGAGAUUUUACAGAAAUCAGGUGCAGGAGAACGUAUUGGAUGGGCAUUUGGAUUGGGUUUAGAAAGACUAGCUAUGUGUCUAUAUGAUAUUCCAGAUAUUAGAUUAUUUUGGAGUAAAGAUAGUGGAUUUUUAAAUCAAUUUAAAGUUGAAGAUCCUAAUAAAACAAUAAAAUUCAAGCCAAUUAGUAUUUAUCCUCAAUGUAAGAAUGAUAUAAGUUUUUGGUUACCCGAAAAUAAAAAUUAUUCAUCGAAAAAUUUUUAUGAUCUAGUGAGAAAUAUUGGUGGUAAUAGGAUAGAACAAGUUAUAUUUAAAGAUGAAUUCUUUCAUCCUAAAAUUAAGAAAUUAUCACAUUGUUAUACCAUAAUAUAUAGAGAUAUGGAACGUACAUUAUCGAAAAGAGAAGUAAAUAAUAUUCACAAACAAAUAUGUAAAGAUGCAGUUGAAAAAUUACAUGUUACAAUAAGAGAAAAAUAAAAAAUAUAAAUAAAAAGAGA